AUGUCCACCCGUAAGAGAAAGCAGGAGGAGGAGGAGGAGCUUGUUUCCCUCCCUGAAGAUGACGAUGGCGAGGAGGAGGAAGAAGUACCGACGACGAAGCCGGAGGCGGUGAAGGGUCCGAGGAGGAGGAAGAGGAGGAGGAGGAGGAUGACGAAGAUCCCGAGGGCGAAGAGGAUGAACCCGAAACAAAGAACGGCGCUGAUGACCGAUGCUGUUGAGAAGGAUGAGGAUGCUGAGGAGGAGGAGGGGGAGGACGACGCCGAAGACGAGGAGGCCGAUGCCGACGAUGCAUUGAAAGGCAUCAAGGAGGCCGCUGCCGAUGUGCCUGACAUGACGGUCAAAGCGACCGAUGCUGCUCCCGAGGCUAACGGCGACGCCAAGGCCGUCGCGGCAGAUGGCGACGACAAGGAGUGA